CAGGAGGGAGAAGAAAAUGCUAAAGAGGGUGAUGAAAAGAAUGAAGAAAAUGCCCUUAUUGAAGAUCCUUCGGCUUUCAUUAAAAAGGUCAAAGUUGAGGAUGAUGAAUAUCGUACCGAGGAGCAAACCUAUUACAGUAUUGCCCAUACUAUACACGAAAAGGUUACCGAACAGGCCAGUAUUAUGGUUAAUGGUAAAUUAAAGGAAUACCAGUUGAAGGGUCUAGAAUGGUUGGUUUCUUUGUACAACAAUAAUUUGAAUGGCAUCUUGGCUGAUGAAAUGGGUCUGGGUAAAACUAUACAAACCAUUUCUUUGGUUACCUAUUUAAUGGAUCGCAAAAAGGUUAUGGGUCCUUUUUUGAUUAUUGUUCCCCUUUCUACUCUACCCAAUUGGGUGUUGGAAUUUGAAAAAUGGGCUCCCUCGGUGGGUGUAGUCAGUUAUAAGGGUUCUCCCCAGGGCCGCCGACUUUUGCAGAAUCAAAUGCGCGCCACUAAAUUCAAUGUUUUGCUCACCACUUAUGAAUACGUUAUUAAAGAUAAAGCGGUAUUGGCCAAAAUACAAUGGAAAUACAUGAUUAUCGAUGAAGGUCAUCGUAUGAAAAAUCAUCAUUGCAAACUGACACAAGUUUUGAAUACUCACUAUAUAGCGCCCUAUCGUUUACUGUUGACCGGUACUCCCUUGCAAAAUAAAUUGCCCGAGUUGUGGGCUCUAUUGAAUUUCUUGUUACCCUCUAUUUUCAAAUCCUGCUCCACCUUCGAGCAAUGGUUUAAUGCUCCCUUUGCCACUACCGGUGAAAAGGUCGAAUUGAAUGAAGAGGAAACCAUUUUGAUUAUUAGACGUUUGCACAAAGUAUUGCGUCCCUUCUUGCUGAGACGUUUGAAGAAAGAAGUCGAACAUCAAUUGCCCGAUAAGGUGGAAUACAUUAUCAAGUGUGACAUGUCCGGUUUGCAAAGAGUUCUCUAUAAACACAUGCAAAGCAAGGGUGUUUUACUAACCGAUGGUUCCGAAAAGGGUAAACAGGGCAAGGGUGGUGCUAAGGCUCUUAUGAACACAAUUGUACAAUUGCGUAAGCUGUGUAAUCAUCCAUUUAUGUUCCAGCAUAUUGAGGAAAAGUUCAGUGAUCAUACCGGUGUUCACGGCAUGGUUUCGGGUCCCGAUCUCUAUCGUGUAUCGGGUAAAUUUGAAUUGCUAGAUCGUAUUUUACCCAAACUUAAGGCCACUAAUCACAGAGUAUUGCUCUUCUGUCAAAUGACACAGUGCAUGACUAUAAUUGAGGAUUAUUUGAGCUGGCGUCAAUUUGGUUACUUACGUUUGGAUGGUACCACCAAGGCUGAAGAUCGUGGUGAACUUUUGCGCAAAUUCAAUGCCAAGGAUUCGGAUUAUUUCGUUUUCUUGCUUUCCACUCGAGCCGGUGGUUUAGGUUUGAAUUUACAAACAGCCGAUACUGUGGUGAUUUUCGAUUCCGAUUGGAAUCCUCAUCAAGAUUUACAAGCUCAGGAUCGUGCCCAUCGUAUUGGUCAGCGUAAUGAGGUGCGUGUCUUGCGUCUUAUGACAGUGAAUUCUGUGGAAGAACGUAUUUUAGCUGCCGCACGUUAUAAGUUGAAUAUGGACGAAAAGGUUAUUCAGGCCGGUAUGUUCGAUCAGAAGUCUACGGGCAGUGAACGUCAACAGUUCUUGCAAACCAUUCUACAUGCUGAUGAUGCCGAUGAGGAAGAAGAAAAUGAGGUGCCUGAUGAUGAAAUGGUCAAUAUGAUGAUUGGCCGUAGUGAAGAGGAAAUUGAGUUGUUUAAAAAGAUGGAUAUUGAGCGUAAGAAAGAGGAUGAACGUUUGCAUCCUGGCAGAGAACGUUUAAUCGAUGAAUCUGAGUUGCCCGAUUGGUUGACCAAGGACGAUGAUGAGGUGGAACGUUGGCAUACUUAUGAGGAGGACAUUAUUUUGGGUCGCGGUUCCCGUCAGCGCAAGGAAGUCGAUUACACCGAUAGUCUUACCGAGAAAGAACUAUUACGAGCCAUUGAUGAUGGCGCCGAAUUUGAUGAUGAAGACGAGGAGGAAGAAGCUAAACGCAAGAGACGUAAACGUAAAAAUCGUAAAGAUGAUUCGGAUGAUGAAUCUCUGGCGGGUCAUUCAAUUAAACGAAGACGUCGUCAAAAUAUCGACAAAAAACUUAAGAAACAAAUGGGUAAAAUAAUGUCGGCUGUCAUAAAAUACACCCACGAAGAUGGUCGCAUUAUAUCGGAACCUUUUAUGAAACUACCCUCCCGACAGCGUCUGCCAGAUUAUUAUGAAAUCAUUAAAAGACCGGUGGAUAUAAAGAAAAUCUUGCAGCGCAUAGAAGAUUGUAAAUAUGCCGACUUGGAUGAUUUACAAAAGGAUUUCGUGCAACUAUGUCAAAAUGCCCAAAUUUACAAUGAGGAGAAUUCUUUAAUUUAUCUAGAUUCCAUAGAGUUGGAGAAAGUGUUUGUGAAUGCCAAACAACGCAUACAAGCACAAGCUUCACAAAAUUCCUCCAUCACCGGUGAAGGUGGCAAUGCAUCGGAUAACUCAGAAAAUGAAGAUAAUUCUGGUCAAGAUAAUUCUGAUGAUGAAGAAAUAGCCUCCACCUCAGCGGCUGCCGUUAAAAUGAAACUUAAACUUAAUAAAACCAUAGCCAGCACACCCACCACUCCCACACCCUCGUCCGCACCCCCAGUAAGUGCUUCGACUAGUAAAAAGCAAACAAGACGCAAACGUUCUCAAAAGAAAUACACCAUAUCGGAUGAUGAUGAUGACGAUAUGGAUUAGCUACCACUCGGAGUGGUAUUCUCUUUGCAAACUCAUCAUGAUUAAAGAAAAAAGAAGCUUAAACAUGUUUCUAUAUUUACAUAUUUUAAACAUUGGGUUUUCAGUUUUUCUUGAUUUAGUUGUUAAAUAUUUUUGCUUGUCCCCCCUUUAUUUCAUUUUUAACAUAUUUAUUCUUAAAAUAAUUGGUUUAAAAUUUUAUCCACUCUAUAGAUUUUUGUAAAAUUUUGUUUAAUAAUUUGCUUUUAAUCACUUCUUUUUUUUUUUUUUUCUUAUUUAAGUAUGUCUUUUAUUUUUUUCAAACAUAUGUACGUAUUUCUUUUAGUUUACUUUUUUAAAUAUAAACGCAAAUAAAAAAUUUAUAAUAUUUAAAAUAUACCAUUUGCGGAAAAUGAUAAAAAAAAUUAUAAAAAAUAAAUUGCUAUUCUUCAGAAUUAGAUUU